ACAAAAACGACACAAUAAAAUAAAACGACAGACCUUUGGCGCAUAUUUCUGGUGAAUAAAAACCGUAUGUAUUCAAACAUCGUUGCACUUGCGGGUAUUGGUAGAUAUGCGUUAUUUUCAAUAUCGAUUUUUUUAUAAUCAGGAUUUGUUUUAGCGUGAUACAAUACAACACCGUACAGUAUAAAAUCAGUGCAUUGCCAGUCAUGGUACAUGUCUAAUGGUGUCCUCAAGUAGCCUCUGGUGCCUCCCGAGCGUUCUGAAAUGACGGGUCAUGUGAGGACAUUUUGGCAGCAUAGGUUCAGUUUACGGGCAGAUAGUUCCAGCAUCGUCCAUGUAUUCAGAGCAGAGCACAUGGGUGGGUGGGUGCGUUUUGUAUGCGUUUGUAUAUAAUACUUGAUAAGGUUUAAUAUCGAAGGCAUUUAUCCCCCUGUACAUUUAAUUUCGGCAAGUUUGAAAAGGCAAAAAACGCACAGCCAGUCGCCCAGGAAUGACGUCAGGACGUAUCACAUUGAAUAAUGACGCCGUUUGAUCAUUAAAGAAAUUCUGCCAUUAUAAAAUAACUGAAUUGGGUCAGCAAACGGCCACAAAACCCGCGGACAUAGCGGAACUAUCGUGGUGAUGGGAAUGUUCAAAGAACUUUAAAGCGGCGCUUGGGAAGGCGAAGUGUGAGCAGAGCGAGAGAUGGUUCAUGUUUUCAGCAUCUGCAGACAGAAGCGAUAGACGGGAGUCUCGUCGGUCCGUCUGUCUGCCUCCGCUGUUUUUGGGAGACCCGCAAGCCGAAAUACUGCAGUCCCGGCCGGGUUAGGCUUGAACGAUUCAACCAGGGUAGGAAGGACUAAGCGAUACGUACAAAGAUAACCCGAAAGCUCUUUUGCCCUGAGUCAGAAACUACUUUUCAUCACAGUAGCCUGGUGGCAGUACUGCACAUUUAGUUGUUACAAUCUCCCCCCAUCGGGGACUCGAGCACGGGACAGACGUGUUGUUCGAGUCCCUCUAAACCACUGCCCGCUCACCCCCACGGUUGAGACCUUUAACCAAGCCUCCGGUGUUCGGCACCGCCAUGUCCAGCCGCCGGAAGUCGACCACGCCCUGCAUGGUGCUCGCGUCCAACGUGGUGGAGCAGGCGGAGGAAGAGGAGGAGUUGGGGAGGAAGGAGCUGACGGGGGAGGAAGGGGUCCAGGUGGAGGAGGCGGGGCAGAAGAAGAGCUGUGAGGACGACGAUGAGGAGGAGAGAGCAGCAGUGGCGCUGGAGGAGAUGAGAGAGACCGUUUUGGUGGUUGCACCCACGCCGCCCGACACAGAUGAGCCCGCCUUCCCCCCUGUGGAAGGCCACAGAGACGCCCCCUCCUCGCUGAAGCCCGGCCCGGCAGAACCCUCUCUAGAGGAGGUCCUGUGUGGCGACGGGGAGUCGGCCGCGGCGUCCGAGGAGCCGCCGGGUGGCGUCGUGGCCGGGCCGCGAGCCCAGCCCCCGCUGAGGGAGGAGGGGCGGGAGGCGGCGGCGGCGGCCAUCUCCCUCAGCAAGACCCCCAUCAUGCGGAUGAAGAGCAAGGCGGAGCCCAAGCGCAUCGCCGUGUCCCUCAAGUCCCGGGAGGAGGCCGCCGCCGCCGCCGACGUGUUCGGGACGGGGUUAGGAGGAGGAGGAGGGGGAGAGGGGGAGGAGGGAGGGGGGGAGCAGGAGCAGCCCAUCGAGGCCCCCCUGGGGCCCCUGACCCCCGUGGAGAUGCUCCUGCAGGACUCCAUGAGGUUUGGGGGGGGCAGCCUACUGGGGAACACCCCCCCCUCAGAGCAGCAGAGGAAGAAGUCGUCAGGGCUCAGUGCCUCGGUGCUGCCGGCCGGCCUAGCUCAGGUGCUGUCGGCCCUCCAGGCCCAGCAGAGCUCCGCUGCGGCGGCGGCGGCGGCGGCGGCGGGGGCGGCGGGGGUUCAGCCCCAGCUCUUGGUCCCCCUCAGCAGCAUCCCCUCCUACAGCGCGGCCAUGGACAACAACGCCCUGCUCGGCAACACCUACAAGAGGUUCCCCUACCCCUCCAUGGCCGAGAUCGCCAGCCUGGCCGCCCAGACGCAGUUCACCGAGGAGCAGAUUAAGGUGUGGUUCUCGGCCCAGCGGCUGAAGCACGGCGUCAGCUGGACCCCCGAGGAGGUGGAGGAGGCGCGCAGGAAGCAGUUCAACGGCACGGUGCACACGGUGCCUCAGACCAUCACCGUCAUCCCCGCCCACCACCUGUCGGCCGCCGCCAACGGCCUGCAGUCCAUCCUGCAGACCUGCCAGAUCGUGGGCCAGCACGGCCUGCUCUUCACCCAGGUGGGUCCAGGGGGAAACCUGCCGGUGACCAGUCCCAUCACCUUGACCGUUGCCGGCAUGCCCAACCAGUCUCCGAGUGCCAAGGGCUUCUCCUGUCAGCCCAGCCCAGGGAACAGUGAGCUCAAGAGGGCCACCACCAUCCAGCCCCCAUCACUCUCACCCCAGGAGAACUCGGCGCUGAGCUGCGACACCUUCGGCAUGCGGCCCAAGAAGUCCAAGGAGCAGCUGGCGGAGCUGAAGGCCAGCUACACCAAGAACACGUUCGCCAGCGACGCCGAGAUCGCCCGGCUCAUGCGGCUCACCAACCUCACCAAGGGCGAGAUCAAGAAGUGGUUCAGCGACACGCGCUACAACCAGCGCAACUCCAAGAGCAGCCACGUCAUCGUGUUCAACGAGGGCACCGGCCGCGCGGCGGGGGGGUUGGCGGGCGGCGGCGGCGGCGGCCCCAUCGUCAUCGACUCGAGCGACGAGCCCACGUCGCCCCACCCGCCGCCGCCGCCGCGCACGCCCCCGGCCCCGGCCCGGGAGCCCCGCCGUGCCAAGACGUGGAACGCCUUCCCGGACUUCACGCUGCAGAAGUUCAAGGAGAAGACGCCGGAGCAGCUGGUGCUGCUGGAGGAGAGCUUCGAGCAGAGCGGCACGCCGGCGGACGAGGAGCUGAGCCGGCUGCGCACGGAGACCAAGCUGACGCGCCGCGAGAUCGACGCCUGGUUCACGGAGCGCCGCAAGACGCCGCCGCCGCCGCCGGCCGCCGCCGCGUCGUCGUCGUCGUCGUCCCGCCGCUCCCCGGACGGCGAGGUGGACGGCGGGGACGGAGGCGCCGGGACGAGCCCGCUGCAGCCCAGCUCGCCCACGCCGUCGUCCUCCUCGAUGUCCUCGGCGUUCCGCAAGGGGAGCCGGACGCCGCCGGGAGGCCGCGGGAGGCAGGCGCCGGACGGCCGUGACAAGGCCAAGAAGUCCCCGGAGCAGCUGCACGUCCUGAAGAGCGCCUUCGUGCGCACCCAGUGGCCGGCCACGGGGGAGUACGACCGGCUGGCCGAGGAGAGCGGCCUGCCGCGCUCCUACAUCGUCAACUGGUUCGGGGACUCGCGCUACUCCUGGAAGAACGGCAACCUCAAGUGGUUCUUCCAGUACCAAGGUGGCGGCGCCAGCGGCGCCGGCAGCGCCGGCGGCGCGCUGAACUGCGGCGUCGCGGGCGGGAAGGCGGCGGCGGUGGCAGGGGGCGGGAACAACGGGCGGAAGAGGCGCGUCCGCAACCGCGGCUGGGGCCGCUCCCGCACCAGGAAGCAGCCCAAGAGGUCGGCCUCGGAGCUGGACCGGGCCCCGCCGCUGGUGAAGUUCAAGAGUGGGCGGGACAUCCUGAAGGAGUACUACCUGAGGCACCGCUUCCUCAAUGAGCUGGAUCUGGACGAGCUGGUGUCCAAGAGCAACAUGAGCUACGAGCAGGUGAGGGAGUGGUUCGCCGAGGUCCACCGCCGCGUGGACGCCGGCCUGGACCCCUUCCUGGACCACGGCGAGCCCACGGGCCAGGCCGACGAGGGCCACGACGCGUCCCCGGCGGGCCCGGCCACGCCCGGCCGGGGGCAGGCCGGCGCCGCCGCCGCCAUGACGACGGGGGACGAGCUGGACGACGAAGACGAGGACGACGAAGAGGAGGACGAGGACGAAUCGGACGAGAGCGAGGUGUGGCAGCCGUCCCGCAGCGUGAGGAAGUCCCUGUCGGGGUCGGAGGACUAGCGAGCGGUGGAGCGUCCCCCAGGGGCCGUCCUCCAUGUAAAUAUAGUCCCUAGUGUGAGCAUGCAGUGGUGGGCUGAAGCCCCUCCCCUAGCUGUGGGUAUUUUUUUGCAUGUCUUUUGAUUCGUCAUGUGAAUCGAAACCAUACUGUCAAGUCACACGCAAACGACCUUUUCAUGUCUACAUACGGUACGAGUUUCAUAGCGUUCUCCCCGGUCGAGUUAUGUUGGCAACGGUCGUGACGGUGGAGGAAGGCGUGAGAGAAAGACUCGUCGUCCUUAUGCUCGUUGACCACAGGGAAGGGGACAAGAGAUCUGAUAAACGGGGUCUCUGACAGGACAGUACGACCCCAAACAGCACACCUUAGAAAUUGCCACAUAUUUUAUUAUAAACAUGUUUUAGAAAAGUGUGCCUUUUUUUAUCCAUAAGGAUUUGAUAUAGCCCAGUUCCCUAUUUUAGAAGAUACGCUGCCAAAACUAUUUCCAUGGUUCUAUUGGCAGCACACACUUGCCCCUCUGCUAAAAGGCGGCAAGUUCGAUUUCGCCCCGCAGACGUUGCUGUGGUCGUCUGAGGGGCUUUUGAUCCAGCUGCGGUUUCAUCGUAGCGCUCAACUCUCCAACGAACACAAAUCACAGCAUGUGCACCUUUCUUUACUACUGGCUUAUGUCGAUUUGCAUAGCAGACUGACGCGACAUUUAAAUGUAGCACCUGGUUGUAACUUUUAGCACAGAGAGAAAUAAGGCCUUAAUACAAGUUGAGAAUCCAUGGGGAGAAAGACAUCUAUCUGAUUCAGGCCUUGUGUUAAAAAAGGCUUCUGACAUUUUUGUAUUAUGUUUGUGUACAAUCAGUCAUAGGAACGUGUGGUUGACUCCCAAAGGUACGUGGCAUGGAUGAGGAAAAGCACCUUGGAGGAAAUGUAUGCUCUGAGGGUAAUAAUAAUAAUAAUGAUAAUUUUAUUAAUAAUGAUGCAGAAUGCAUCAUACUUCCUUUUAUUUCCGAUGAGUCUUCCCAUAUUUUUAUUUUUAUUGGAACAACAUUCAUUUGUUGGUGAUAUAUUCAUAAUAUGAAAGGUCAAACACACAAAUCUGAAUUAUGAUGCGAAAAACAAUCAUGCCUUCGAGUUCCUUUUUAUUUUUUAUUACAUUUCUUAAGAUUGGUUAAACGUCCAACCAAAUACGUUGUUUCAAACCAAAUUGGAAAUUUAGUAACAAAAAUGGAGGCCUCUUUCUGUGCCAAAGUAUAGGGCGUAAACAUGUGGCUCGUCAAGGUACGCUGGUCGAAUAUGGAGUGUGGAGACUGACAGCCAGAGCGGGCCCCUAUUGUGAAUGUUCUCCCGGCGAAAGGCCCCUGACAUGUUUUCGAAGCCUACCAAAAAUCUGGAUUUUUAUUUUUAUUUUAUUUCGUGUAUUCCUUUUUAUUUCUAUCCAAGGCUGAAGAGGAUUUUGAGACUACUGUUGUUCAAGGCUAUUGGUAUUAUGAAAUACAGAAAUAGGUGCUAAUUAAUUGAUUUUAAAAAACCAUUCGGUAUUCCAA